AAUAACGUUAACAUAGGAGAUGGAUUCAAACAUGAGGAGGGUUGAAUUAUAGUUGCUAAUUAAAGAAUAAUUCAGUGUAUAAGACAUUUUUAUAAUUAGUUUGUUUGAGGUAUUUUUUUAAAGAUGGGCAAGGUAAUUAAAGCAGUGAUUUAUUUGGUCAUUUUCUUUUUUAUUAUUUGGAAGGAAGGCAAAUGAAAAGUAAAUGUAAAGUGGAAAAGUAGGAUGAGAUGAGGCAAGUGUGAAACCGAGUCCAGUGGAAAAGUAGGUUGCGUUGCGCUUAGGGUCAUCUCAUCUGCAUAUGCAUGGCUUCCUCCCUCCAACUCCAACUCCGUCUGCCUUCUUCUACCACUCCAACUCUUCAAACUCACCGUCCGAUUCGAUGCGCCGCCGAUCGCCAGGCAUUGUUCAACCGUAUUGCGCCUGUUUAUGAUAACUUGAACGACUUACUCAGUUUGGGUCAGCAUCGCAUUUGGAAACGAAUGGCCGUGUCCUGGAGCGGUGCUAAACCUGGAGAUCGUGUGCUGGAUAUAUGCUGUGGAAGCGGCGAUUUGGCGUUCCUCUUAUCUGAGAGACUUGGAUCCGAUGGCAAGGUGACAGGUCUUGAUUUCUCAAGGGAGCAGCUGAUUAUUGCAUCCUCUCGUCAACGUUCGCUCUCCAAAGCCUGCUAUAAGAACAUUGAGUGGGUGGAAGGUGAUGCCCUAAAUUUGCCAUUUUCUGACGGUUACUUUGAUGCCAUUACAAUGGGCUAUGGUCUACGGAAUGUGGUGGAUAAACGGAAAGCUCUGGAGGAAAUGCUUAGAGUACUUAAAGAAGGUAGUAAGGUAUCAAUUCUCGACUUUAACAAGACAACACAACCAACUGCUGCUGCUAUUCAGGAAUGGAUGAUAAACAACAUUGUUGUCCCAGUGGCAUCUGGUUAUGGCCUUGCAGAGGAUUAUAAAUAUCUGUCCAAAUCCAUCAAAGAAUUUUUUACAGGAAAGGAAUUGGAAGAACUUGCUUUAGAAGUAGGGUUUUCUACAUCCAUACAUUAUGAAAUUAGUGGAGGUCUCAUGGGAAAUUUGGUGGCAUCUCGUUAAAUGGCAUUCAUAUUUUGUCUUAGUUCAAAACUUUAGGACUAGACUACUUGUAAGAACAUGGUAUUUGGCUUCACGCUUUGAUGCAUUAAGUUCUUCUGUGACACUGGGCUGUUACUUGUAAGUUUAAGCAACAGAGAGCAUAAAAUUUCUGUAGAUAUCCCAUAUUUAAACAGUGUAUGAGGUCCUUCUGGCCCCUUCCUAAUGUUAUUGAGUCGUCAGUAUAUGCAUACAUACAUGAGGAAUGUAAUAAGUUCCGUAACAAAAUCAUUCAAAUUCUAGUA